AUGUGUAUCUAUACAAUGUCAAUGAGAAGUACAGAGGAAAAACUGAUUUAUAUAGAGAAUCAGAUUGGGAUUGCAGUCUGCUGAUCAAAAACCUGGAAUCGUCUCACAAUGGAGAGAAAUUAUACACAAGGAUUGACCCUGAAAAUAUUGCAUGGCAAAACUAUGAAACUGAUGAUACUACCACUACAGUUCUUAUUGAUGCGACUCCACAGCAGCCCAACAUCAGUGUUUAUGGAGGUGAAAGGACAGGUGAUACCAUCAUCGUAGCAUGUUCAGCUUUCCACACAUGUCCAUACAGCAAACCAACCAUCACUCUGAAUGGUAUAGAAGGAUCUGACGAAAUAAAGGAUGAGUCUGUUAAAGACGGCCUGUUGAAAAUCACUCUGACACGCACAGGUGUCGUAAAGGCAGAAAGCACGACUAUUAAGUGCUCAGUAACACAUUAUAGUGGCAUAACACUGACAGCUACAGAGGUCAAAAGUUCAAAAUGUGUUCAUCAUAACAUAUCGAUUGAGCCUGAACUGGCAGAUGUCACCGAGGGCGUCGCACAGAACUUCACUUGUACCAUCUACCAUUCCUGCCAGAAUGAGAAUCCAACCAUCACAUGGAACUAUGAGAACAUGCAGGUCUCAUCGUGGAACAAAAAGCAUUCCGAUUUAGAUCAGUUUCGGAUCGCAUUUUCCAACUUAACCUUUCUGGGUGCAAAAGAAGACCAUGGGAAAAGACUGAUAUGCACCGCAACAUUUUCUGGAGGAAAUAUUGAAACUUAUGUUGUUUUGCGUGUACAGGAAUAUCAAAAACCAGUGGAUCAAAUCCUGAAUGAAACCUAUUUCCAAUAUGUGGCAGACGUGAUACCAAAGAUCACUGCAUUGCCUCGUUCAUGUGUGGUAAUACCAUGCAGUUUCAAGACAGAUGAGGAAUAUUCCACUGAACUUCGGGUUCUAUGGGUCACCAGAAAAGGUGGCUACAUGUUCCACACCGACCCAGUCGAUGUCUCGGACAACUUCAAAGGCCGCACAAGGCUCCUCGGAAACCCAGUUGAGCAGAACUGCACUGUGGAGAUGGAUAAUGUGCAAACUCAUGACAAUGGACCAUUCUGUUUUCGAGCAGAAAGAGAAAAUGAGAGAUACAGCUUCAACAACAGCUGUGUGUUCAUUAUAAUGCGGGCCCCCGACAAACCUGUGAUGUCAUCCCUCCCUGAAGACAUCGAGCCCGGGACACACGUCGCUGUCCAAUGCUCAGUCAACCACACAUGCUCUUCUCACCCUCCUGAAAUCACCUGGAGCGUCCCAACAGAUCGAGAAACUAUCAGCCACAAUCAUAUGGGGGGAGGCGUCUGGGAAACAGUGUCUGCUGUGACCUUUAUUCCAACUGGAUAUGAAGAGAAAGAUGAAAUUGUCUGCACUGCCAAAUUUUGGGGCGGUAAAACACAGGAAAAUACAGCCUUCCUCAGCAUUAGAAGAUUGCAAAGGCUUAAAUUGGAGGAUGUCGGGCUGUAUGCCAUAGUUCCCUCACUGGUGUUCAUCCUCAUUUUCGUGCUUGCUGGAGUUUUAAUAUGCAGGAGAUGGCACAGACAGCCUCAUCAUGAUAUGCAUGGGUCACAUACACAGUCUGAACAGAGGAGAUCAUUUUGGAACAGAUUUUCAAGUCGUUUUAGUAUGCCUGAAGGAAGAGUAGCUUGGACUAACAGAGGAAACAGGAGUGAUAUCGGGGUAUCAGACCCGAACCAGACAAAUUAAAGAUUCGAUCGGGAGCAUGGUUGAAACAUAAGGAGCCGAAUUCCACAGAAAGGCUCAAGACAACAGGAUGUUGUAAAUAAGUUCCUAGCACCACAAGUCGGAAGCAAGUACACUAACCAGCAGCUUGAACAGCUUUCAACAUUAAAACAAAAGAACAUCCAAUUUGGAAAGGAGAUUGUCAAAUUUUUGGGCAAGUAAUCAAGAUUGAUGGUCCAAGAGAUGCACAGCAUGACCAUCACAUGUAAAUCCAUGAUAGUAAUCAUGAUCACAAGCUCUUUGGAUUGACUUCCACCCACCCCCCCCCCAACCUAGAAGAAAAGAACCAGACUGAAAUUCCUAAGGGGACCUUUUAACCUCUGGUCUCCACAGAAUGUCCUUAUGUCAAAGAAUGGCACAGAAAUGUCUUUUAUAGAUGUAGAUGCACCAAAAUUAACUCAAAAAGACUUCUAAACGAAUACCAGUCCAUUGCUUAACUCCAUAUCAUAUAUGUAACCAACACAUUAGACUAUCAUGUUUCAAAUCACUUAUUGUGUAUGUCUUUUAAUAACUACUGAAUAGCUUAAGGAUUCAUAUUCAUGUUUAGUAUUUGUGUGUGUUUGAAUCGUCU